CGUAAAGGCACCAGGAGCAGCCGCAGUGUCUUCCUGUGAUUAUCGGAAAUGAGUUGAGGAACAUGGAAACGCUUCUGAGGACAGAAAGUGAAAGCUGAUGGUGGUGCAGCAGAGAUGGUGUGGCUACCAUGACUGCUCUCAUCUGGAUGCUCACAUGGCUGCUUCAGGUCCUGCCAGCUGUGAGUGAACUCCCCCAGCCUGUCAACCUGGAUCUGACAUCAGUCCAUUUCAGUCAUAUGCUGAAAUGGGAGCCUGGACCAGGGACCCCCCCAGGAGUCUACUACCAUGUCUCAGUUAACACAGAAAGGGGAACUUCCUAUGUACCUGUGUCUGGGUGUGAGCGUGUCCAGCACCCUCUGGUUUGCAACCUUACAGAGGCCUGCUCCAAACCAGAACAGGUCUACAUCAUCAAUGUUACAGCACUGCUGGACUCGCAGGCUUCAAAAGCAGUCCAGAGACGAUUUAAACCCAUCAGAGACACUCAGCUGGACCUGCCGCUGCUGACUGUGACUCCCUGUGGCAGCGGCCUCUGUGUGGACCUCCAGCCUCCCUUGGAACACCUUAGGAAGAGCUAUGAGGCUCUGCAGUACAAACUCAAGAUCACGAGCCACAGUGGGGACAAAGCCCAGUUUAUGGACACAAAUCUGGGAACAAAGAAUGUGACGGAUCUGGCCCGUGGCAGACAGUACUGCGUUGCAGUCUGCUUCUCAGACAGCCUGGAGCCCAGGGUGUCUAACUACAGCCAAGGCGUGUGUGCUGUCACCCCUGCCAUCUUUACUGCAGACCAGCUGAUCUCAGCCGUGUUGUGCUUGUUGGUGAUGUCUGCUGUGGUUGUUGUGGCCCUGCUGAUCAGUACCGGUUUCAUCUGUCUAAUGGGGAGGCCUCUGCCACUGGUCCUGACUUCCGUCCAUCACAUAGAAGAAGUUCUGGUGGUAGCAUACCGCAGCACGUCCCUGUCCUCUCUCCUGAAUCUUAAAGCAAAAGCGCCCUCUUCAGGUGAAAAGAGGAGCCACGAGACGCUAUCAGACCAGAGUGAUGGUGAGAGUGUGACGGAGACCCCAGGUGGGAGCAGAGGAGGAGAUUAUAAACUGCGAGUGGGCAUUAACCUUCUCUCUUCUUCCUCUUCCUCUUCAUCUUCAUCAACUCUGUCAGACCAUUUAACUUCUGAGCUUGAACCGCCGCCAAGCUUCCACACAAGCCAGACAUCAGACUUCUUCAAUCCCCAGCCUGAACCCCUGACUUUAACAGAGACACAUUCCAAUGCUGGUCUGAGCCCACACCCCCCCUCAGCCCCCUGUCCUCCUGCAGACACAGACAGUUAUACUGUAGAAAGAACUGAGCCAAAUGAGGAUGAGGAGGUAAACCUCCUCACAUUAACCUUCGGCAGGCAUGAAGAGGAGGUGGAAGAGAAAGCCCUUCUUGACAUGGCAGAGGUGGAGCCAGAGUCUUCCUCUGCUUCCUCCGUUUGUGAGGUGAUUUACAACUCCACUCCAGUCCUGCCCUCACAAAUGUGGGACACAGAGGAAGUUCCCAUAGAAACGGUUUCCUGCUCUGUCAGUGAAGAGGAAGAGGAGGAGGAAGAGCACUCUGGAUAUAUGGGGCGUCCGUGUACAGAUGUCUUACAGAACUCAUUAUCCAAGUCUAUGAGUUAAGAUAAUCAAAAGAUAUAUAAAAAAGCCUUCUUUCAGUAAUCCAGCUAAUGGGGAUUUACAACUGGGUUAAGAUUUUAAUUCUAUUUCUUUAAUUAUUAUUUUGAUCUUAUUGCCCUGUUGGCAGCUUAUAUGCUACAGGUCAGUGUUCUGUCCCUCCCACAGCUGCCUCAGGAGAACAUCCUGCUCUACACAGCUGUCAUUGGCUGCUCUGCAGACUAAUCUUGUCUUGUCUGGUCUCUCUGUGACGGCCCUGUCCCAUCGAAGCCAUCCCACCACGUUAAUUUCCACAGGGAGAGAUUGUCACUUUUACUCUUGGGUGUUCUUUUCAUUCAGCUCACCCAUAAACAGAGCAGAGCAGGCCUUAAUGAUUCUAAUAGAGGCUCAGGAUAAAAAUACACUGCUCUCUGGUCUUCCAUGAGGCCCAUUAUUUUCCUCUCUACAUACUUUGCCAUUACCUUCGACAUGCACUGAAAACUGAAUUUGUGAAAAUAGCAUAAGAAAAAUAGUUUUUGCCAAUGUGGUCCACAUGAGUACUGUAGUGUUUUUAAAAAUGCGUUAUGUAUGUGAUGAAAUAAUUUUCUAAUUAAUUAACUCUGAAGUUGUUUUCUAAGCAAAAAGGCCAAAUAUUUGCUGCUUAAAAUUUCUCAGAUAUGAGGACUUGCUGCUUGCAGACAGUUGUGGCAGGCAUUUUUCACCGUUCUCUAAGUCGCAGUCCUUGUUGUUUUAGUGAGAUGGUAAAAAUUAUCACCUACCACAUAUUUACAGUUUUUUAUUUGGUAACUGUCACACAUUUCAGCACAAGGUCAUUGUUGUUAAACAUCGCGACCAAGCAGUGAAUUAGUUCUUCUUCAUGCAUUUCUGUAGAAACCCUCAGCUGUUACCUGGUAAUCCUGUUUAUCCUGUAAUAAAAGUAUUAUUGCAAUUUACAGUAAGCAACCAACUUUAUUGUGAUUGUGAUAUUGUGUGAUUGUGACAUUUUUCUAUUUUUAUACUCACUGUAAAAUCUUGCCAUUUAUAUACUGUCAGACUAUUGUAAGACCUCAUGUCACUCUGUUCACCAAUUAAUAAAGUUAGAAUUCUUGAUCAAGUCA